CGGACUGACAACUCAUGGGGCCCCCGGGCAAUAGGGGAUCAUGGGGCCCCUGUGUCCUUGCCCAAACUCAAAAAAGCCUUUGAAAAAGGUACCAGGGGCAUCUCAUGGGGCCCCCUACUGACCCCGGGCCCUCGUGCAGUGCCCGAGUUUCCAAAUGGUCAGUCCGCCCCUGGGUGUUAUCCAUGCAUCGUUACUGACUUAGGCUCCAUUCACACUUGUGCGACUUGUCAUGCGACUUUGGGCAUCAAAGUCACGUGACAAGUCAGAGCCCAUUCUUUUCAAUGGCACCC